ACAGGCACAAGCACGCAAGCAAUCACGGCUCACGCGAAUUCAUAAUUUGGUAUUUCAGUUUACGAGUUGAGGAUAAGCAAGCAUAUUCCAGUUGUUGUGUGUGCGCACAGUAGAACCAAAGCCAUGGCUGGGAUUACCACCAGCUUCCCUUUCAAGACCAUCCCAACUCGACCCACCAAGACCAUACCUUUACUUCUCUCUUCCCUCCAAUCCAAGCUCUUUGGUAUCCAUGUCCGCAACCCUAACAGUUUCUCCUCUCCUCUUCACUGCUCUGCUACUAUAAAUGCCCGUUACGGUGCUGAUUCUCGGUUCUCGCCUCCCGGUCGUUCUAAGAAGAAUGAUGAAGACCAGGCACUUGAUUUAUCUGCCAUCAGGUCGGAUUCUGUCAGACUUAUUGAUGAGGAGCAAAGUAUGAUUGGGAUAGUCUCUAAAAGCCAGGCUAUUCAAAUGGCUGAAGAUGCAGGCCUCGAUUUGGUGAUAUUAUCCCCUGAUGCAGAUCCUCCCGUUGUCAGAAUAAUGGAUUAUAAUAAGUAUAGAUAUGAACAGCAAAAGAAGAAGAAAGUACAGCAGAAGAAAACUAAUCGCAUGGAUUUGAAGGAACUGAAAAUGGGUUAUAACAUUGAUCAACAUGAUUAUUCUGUUCGUUUGAAAGCUGCAAGGAAGUUUCUGAAUGAUGGUGAUAAGGUUAAGGUCAUAGUGAACUUGAAAGGUCGAGAAAACGAAUUUAGAAAUAUGGCUAUGGAACUCAUCAGGCGUUUUCAGAAUGAUGUUGGGGAGCUUGCAACUGAGGAAAGCAAGAACUUCAAAGACAGGAAUAUAUUCAUAGUUUUGGUUCCAAAUAAGGCUGUUGUACAAAAAGCUCAACAAGAUCCCGGAAAGAAAAAAGAUAAACCGACCAAAAAUGAAGUCUCAGCUGGUGUCUGAAUAUGGAAUUUGGUGGCAUAACAAUCGGGCAGGGAGAUUAAGUUCUUCUACCAUGGGGUGGCCACGUCCUUGAAAGUCUUUGUAUAAUGUAUAGUAUAUUAGUCUGUCACAAUUUGUAUUGAAUAUUGGUUCUAUUUAAUAACAGAAGUAACCUUUUCUUUAUCAAA